AUGGCAAAUUCAAAUCCUGCUCCCCCCUUGACCUACACUGCCAAUGUCAGCAGAGUUCCAAAAGUUACUCAUGGAUUAUCGGACUCAUGGGACCCUGCAGAGCUGAUUAUGCAAAAUGGGUCACUAGUACCAUCUGUCAGAUUCUCACAAGAUGGCAGCCAAGUCGUCUCUGGAUCAUGGGAUGAAAUGAUCCGAAUUUGGAAUGUGAUGACAGGCAAGGUGGAGGCUGAGCUGAAGGGCCACACAUCUUGGGUGAACUCUGUUGCAUUCUCGCAGGAUGGCAGCCAAGUCAUCUCUGGAUCAAAUGACAAAACAGUCCGAAUUUGGAAUGUGACAACAGGAGAGGUGGAGGCUGAGCUGAAGGGCCACACAAAUGAUGUGAACUCUGUCACAUUCUCGCAGGAUGGCAGCCGAGUUGUCUCUGGAUUGAAUGACAAAACGGUCCAAAUUUGGAAUGUGACAACGGGCCAGAGUGACAAAACAGUCCAAAUUUGGAAUGUGACAACAGGACAGGUGGAGGCUGAGCUGAAGGGCCACACAAAUGAUGUGAACUCUGUCGCAUUCUCGCCAGAUGGCAGCCAAGUUGUCUCUGGAUUGAAUGACAAAACAGUCCAAAUUUGGAAUGUGACAACAGGCCAGGUGGAGGCUGAGCUGAAGGGCCACACAAAUGAUGUGAAAUCUGUCGCAUUCUCGCCAGAUGGCAGCCGAGUUGUCUCUGGAUUGAAGGACAAAACAGUCCAAAUUUGGAAUGUGACAACAGGACAGGUGGAGGCUGAGCUGAAGGGCCACACAAAUGAUGUGAACUCUGUCACAUUCUCGCAGGAUGGCAGCCGAGUUGUCUCUGGAUCAGAGGACAAAACGAUCCAAAUUUGGAAUGUGACAACAGGAGAGGUGGAGGCUGAGCUGAAGGGCCACACAAAUGAUGUGAACUCUGUCGCAUUCUCGCUAGAUGGCAGCCGAGUUGUCUCUGGAUCAGAGGACAAAACAGUCCGAAUUUGGAAUGUGACAACAGGACAGGUGGAGGCUGAGCUGAAGGGCCACACAAUUGGGUGA